AUGGUACGGUCUAACGUUUUGACAGCAAUUGCUGCUAUUUGCCAUGUCGCUCACGCUGGUUGCCCCAUCAUGGGUGAUCAACCAAUCGCCCGACGCGAUGGUGCCACUGCCAUGUCAACCGACGACUUCAUGAAGCAGUACGAGAUUGACGACAGCAAAGCCUACCUCACGAGUCCUGUAGGAGGGCCCCAGCCCGACCAAGAGAGCCUCUCGGCUGGCGAGCGAGGUCCAUCACUGCUCGAGGAUCAAAUUCUCCGCCGCAAGAUCAUGAGCUUUGAUCACGAGCGUGUUCCUGAGCGCGCCGUGCACGCCCGUGGUGCCGGUGCUCACGGCAUAUUCAAGUCAUUUGGUGACUGGUCUAACAUUACCGGGGCCUCGUUCCUUGCCAAUUCUGAGAAGGAAACGCCAGUUUUCAUUCGAUUCUCUACUGUUGCGGGAAGCCGUGGCUCCGCCGACACUGCCCGAGAUGUUCACGGCUUUGCUGUCAGGUUCUACACCGACGAAGGCAACUUUGAUAUUGUCGGCAACAACGUUCCUGUCUUCUUUAUCCAGGAUGCCAUCAAGUUCCCUGACCUUAUCCAUGCUGUCAAGCCCAAGCCAGACAGUGAGAUUCCUCAGGCAGCAACGGCUCACGAUUCGGCAUGGGACUUCUUCAGCCAGCAGCCCAGCACUAUGCACACCCUCCUGUGGGCAAUGAGUGGACAUGGUACCAUUCGUUCCUACAGGCACACCGAUGGCUGGGGUGUACACACUUUCCGCUUUGUCCGUGAUGACGGCAAGUCCAAGCUCGUCAAGUUCCGUUUCCGAUCUCUUCAGGGCAAGGCCUCCCUGCUGUGGGAAGAGGCUCAAACCACCGCCGGAAUGAACGCAGAUAUGCACCGACAGGAUCUCUUCGAGAGCAUCGAGAACGGCUACUACCCAGAAUGGAUCUUUGAGGUUCAAGUCAUAAACGAGGAGGACCAACUUCGAUUCGGAUUCGAUGUUCUCGACCCCACCAAGAUCGUUCCCGAAGACAUUGUUCCUUUCACCCCUCUUGGAAAGUUGACCCUAAACCGCAACCCUCGCAACUACUUUGCCGAGACUGAGCAAAUCAUGUUCCAACCCGGUCAUCUUGUCCGCGGUAUUGAUGUUUCCGAGGACCCGCUCCUUCAAGGACGUAUGUUCUCGUACUUGGACACUCAGCUGAACCGCAACGGUGGUCCCAACUUUGAGCAGAUCCCUAUCAACCAGCCCCGUGUUCCCGUCCACAACAACGAGCGUGAUGGUGCCGGCCAAAUGUACAUUCCUCUCAACACUGCCGCUUACUCGCCCAACACGUUGAACGGCGGUUUCCCCAAGCAAGCCAACCAGGCCGAAGGUCGCGGAUUCUUCACUGCGCCCUCUCGAUCCGUCAGCGGAAACCUUGUCCGCACCGUCUCCAGCACCUUCGCCGACAACUGGUCGCAGCCUCGCCUGUUCUACAACUCGUUGAGCGCAGUCGAGCAGCAGUUUGUCAUCAACGCCAUCCGAUUUGAGACUUCGCUCCUCAAGAGCGAGAUUGUCAAGCAGAAUGUCUUGAUCCAGCUUAACCGUAUCAGCCACGACAUUGCUACCCGUGUUGCGACUGCUCUUGGCAUGACUGCGCCGGCACCUGAUGACAAGUUCUACCACAACAACAAGACGAUUGGUGUCAACCCAGCUGGCGAGCCCCUGCUUAAGAUUGAGGGUUUGAAGGUUGGAUACCUUACCUCUGCAGCAUCCACUGGCGACAAGGGCAAGGCGCUCAAGGCCGCGCUCAAGGACAAGAAGGUUAGCUUGACGGUAGUUGCCGAGCACCUUGGCGAGGGCAUUGACCAGACCUACUCUGCUACUUCGGCCGUCAACUUCGACGCCAUUAUCGUUGAUGGUAGCGCUUCGGCCCUCUUCGCCCCCGCGGGCAGCCUCGCCAACUCCAACUCGACGGCUUCCAAGGCCCGUUCCACCUUGUACCCGGCUGGCCGCCCUCUGGAGAUCCUCCAGACCGGUUACCAGUUUGGUAAGCCCGUUGGUGUUCUCGGAGCCAGCAACUCGACUCUGUCUGCUGCUGGUGUCGAGGCCGGCACUCCUGGUGUUUACAGCUUCGACUCCGUCAGCGACACGGCGGCAGUUGUUACCAAGAUCACUGAGGGUCUGCGCACUUUCAAGUUCCUUGACAGGUACCCAUUGGACAAUUAG